CACUAAUUCCCGCCUCUCUUCGUGCUGCAGGUUGAGCUCCCUGCGCUCUCCUCGACUGUGCACGGCAUCAAUUGCGGAAGUUGCAUCUUUCUUUCCAGGUGAGUCGACUGAUUGAAGACUGUGGACCGUGGCCAUGGAUGAAGAGUUGACGCCUCUGGACUGCCUGCUGCCCUCAGGCACGCAGAGGAUCUGUCUGAUUCUUCUCAACCAGCCUCUGGAUAAAGACUUCCUGCACAUCCUCUGGAGUAAAGCUCUCUUGAGGGCUUGCGCUGAUGGAGCUGCCAAUCACCUUCAUGACAUCACUGCUGGGGUUAGAGACAGCUUUCUCCCCGACUAUAUCAGUGGGGAUUUUGAUUCCAUUACUGCGGAGGUCAAAGCAUUCUAUGCAGACAAGGGGUGCACACUGAUGGAAACAGCUGACCAGGAUUUAACAGACUUCAGCAAGUGUCUUGCAAUCAUGGUGGAGGAAAUCAAGAGACACGAGUUACAGGUGGAUGCCAUAGUGACACUGGGCGGUCUGGCUGGCAGAUUUGACCAGAUCAUGGCGUCUGUUGAGACCCUCCACCAUGCUCUGUCCAUGACACGACUCCCCCUGUUGAUUAUACAGGGGACCAGCCUGGCAUGCCUGCUCAGACCCGGCAGCCACAGACUGGAGGUGAACACAGGCCUGGAGGGUCACUGGUGCAGCCUUAUUCCAGUAGGUGGACCCUGCCAAACAACCACCACUGGACUGAAGUGGAACCUGGAUAACCAGCUCCUGCAGUUUGGGAAGCUCGUAAGCACCUCCAACACCUACCAACCCGUUGCCCCUGGAAACCCCAGGAAGCCUGUAACCGUGACAACAGAUCAGCCUCUGCUCUGGAGCAUGGGCAUCCGUAAGGAUGGGGAGUGAAGACAUGCUUAUUCGUGGGCAGUGUUUGAAUAAUCAACACAUGAAACUACUUAUACAGCAUGAAGUACAAGCAAAAAGCUGAACGCAAUAUUAAUGUGGCCAAAAAUCUGUUUCUACCAGUGUUAUGUGAUAUAAUGAUCGAGAUGAUGGAAUAGAAGAGCGGAUUGCUUUUUAUACCACAGUGGCCAUCUUUAAGGAUAUCUAAUGUAUUAACACUUUCAAAAGGUUUUAUGCAACACUUGGAUAUGCUUAUUCACUGUGCAGGGUUAAAUGCCAAAUGAUCCGUGUAGAAAUGUUUCCGUUUAUGAAUAUGCAUCAAAAUCAGAGCCUUAUUUCAUACGAACAUCUGCUUUCCUUAAAACACAUUUUGAUAUCAGGGAACUUAAGGACUGAGAUGACAGCCAACAGUAGAUUAUGUAUAUUACACAAUAUAUGUAUCUACGUGCCUUUGACGUCAGUGCUCCUGUUCCACUUGUAUACUAUGGAAAACACUGAAUAUCCAGCUUCACAUUGUUUGUGCCUUAUGAUGACAGCUUCACUAUAUUUCUGAAAGUUAGACGAUGUAAAAUCCAGCUGUAUUAAUAACAUGCUGUAGUGACAGACAGGAAAAGAAAAUCAGUUUGUGGGUUUCCAUUUGUUUUAUUUACACAUCGAAAAUAUAAAUGCUGUGCACAGAACGUAAAAAUGCCAUCCCUUCAGUCCCCGAUCACACCAGCCCAAUAACACCUUGCACCAACGCCUCCUGUUCCCAGGUAUUCAAAGUUUGUUCUGGAACAUGACUCAACCGCCACUAGAUGGAAAAACAAGAAAGGCAGCGUUAGUGAUGGGAGAAAGCUAAAAUAUUUCACUGUAAUGUUCAGUUUGAAUGACGAAGCAAACCAAUUAAAAUCACUGCUUUAAGAAAUCUCCUGCCCAAAAUACAAACGAUUGUGUGCAUCAGUAGUAAAUGAAUUCAAUGAAUGGUAUUUGGAUGUUAUGGUCUACUCUGCAAAAAAUUUAAUCAUGAAUGCUCCCAGUGUGACUUCUUGUUUUCACCAUCUUUAGUGUAGUUAUGUAACUCAUAACAAAUGAUAAAUUACUGUUUUGUCACAUUAAUGCUGUUCUAGCAAUUAUGUAAUAAAACUAACCACCCGACUUGUCAAAAAGAUCAA